UAUUUAUCACCAGCAGAUCAGGCUGUAAUCGCUGCGUGGAGACGCCGUGACACCGCCCCACGAGGAGUGGGCACUCCGUACUGUCCGCUUCUCCUCCACAGCAGCAGACCGGGUCACAACGCCGACCGCAUGCUUAUUUAUUUCAUGUUUUUUUUCCAAGAGUAAAACUUAGGCCGCGACAUGGCUUGUGUGGAUAAAGGUCCGAAAAGGACGAACUCGCAGGAAGAAGCGUUUCAGCAGCUCGUGAAAAAAGUUGCGCAUGAGAACGUAAAACGCUUGGGUUGGGAGGAUGAUCCAGAUCUACAGUUCCUGCUUUCGGGUGGGCAGCUCGUCAAGAUUCGCUCCAUGAACUGGAAAAAGACACGCUACUACAAACUGCAAGAAGACUGCAAAACCAUGUGGCAAGAGUCCCAUAGAUUAAUCAAACGAAAUCAAACUUUUCCCAUUGAAGACAUUGAUUCAGUACGAAAAGGCCGUCAGUCUGAAGGCCUUAACAAACACACCGACUCAACUGUUGAAGAUCGCUGCUUUUCCAUCUUCUUCAAGGAUCGCAAGAAGAACCUCGACCUGAUGGCGGCCAAUGGAACAGAGGCAAAACAGUGGGUCAGUGGUCUGGAGAAGAUCAUCAGCAAUUUGAAUAACCUGAGCCACAAUCAAAAGAGAGAGCACUGGAUCUUCAGCUGCAUGCGUAAAGCAGACAAGAACGCUGACAACAGGAUGAGUCUGAAGGAGGUGAAGCACUUUUUAAGACAGAUAAACAUUGACGUGGACAACACCUAUGCAGAGGAACUUUUCAAAACAUGUGACACGUCCCGUUCAGGCUACCUUGAAGACUCAGAGAUCAAAUAUUUCUAUGAGCUGCUGACUUCUCGGGAGGAGAUUGAUGUGAUCUUUGGGAAGUACGCUCAAACAAAUGGUCAGAUGAGUGCACGAGACCUGCUGAGCUUCCUGGCCAGUGAGCAGAGGGAGCAGGUGUCCAUGGACAACGCCGUCAGGCUGAUCGAAAAGUACGAACCAGAUGAAACAGCAAAGCAGAAGAAGCAUAUGACCAAAGACGGCUUCCUGAUAUACAUGCACCAGGAGGAGGGCUCAAUUUUCAACCCAGCUCACAAGAAUGUGUAUCAGGACAUGAGCCAGCCCCUCAACCAUUACUACAUCUCCUCCUCACACAACACCUACCUGACGGGAGACCAACUCAAAGGGCCCAGCAGCACGGAGGCCUACAUACGAGCUCUGAUGAAGAGUUGUCGGUGCGUAGAACUGGAUUGCUGGGAUGGUGCUGACAGUGAGCCUGUUAUUUACCACGGCCACACGCUCACAUCCCAACUGCGCUUCAAAGAUGUCAUCAAGGCCAUCAAAGAGUAUGCCUUCAAAACGUCUGAGUACCCGGUGAUCCUGUCACUGGAGAACCACUGCAGCGUGCCGCAGCAGAAGCUCAUGGCACAUCACAUGAUCUCCAUUCUGGGCAGUGCUUUGCUCACACGCCCUCUGGGAAACAGCAUGCCCACCAAUUUCCCCUCACCUGAAGAGCUGAAAGGCAAAUUCCUCAUCAAAGGGAAACGACUAAACAAGCUGGAUGCUGCCUUCAACAGCAACAGUUUUGUGGAAGAUGACACGGUGUCGGAGGAGGACGAGGCUGCAGAGUGUAAGGAGAAUGAACAAAAAGGCAAGCCUAAGAAAUCAAAGCUCAAACUUGCCAAAGAACUCUCAGACCUUGCCAUCUACUGCAAAAGUGUCCAUUUUAAUGGUUUUGAACAUGCCAAGGACAAACAGGCCUUCUAUGAGAUGUCUUCCUUCAAGGAGAGUAAAGCGUUUAACCUGGCUGAGACAUCAGCGACUGCCUUCAUCCAUCAUAACAUGGACAAACUCAGCAGGAUCUACCCAGGCGGCUUCAGAACUGACUCCUCUAACUACAACCCAGUGCCCAUGUGGAAUGUUGGCAAUCAGAUUGUGGCACUGAACUUCCAGACUCCCUCCAAGGAGAUGCACCUAUACCAGGGACGGUUUCUGCCAAACGGCAUGUGUGGCUACAUUUUGAAACCUGAAUUUCAAAGAAGGUUGUCUUCUCAGUUUCAUCCCAGCACACUUUUAAAAGGACCCUGGCUAAAGACAAAAACCUUUCAUGUGAUGGUUAUCUCAGCUCAGCAGCUACCUAAACUCAACAAGGACAAGGAAAAUUCCAUCGUGGAUCCGCUGGUGAGAGUGGAGACCUAUGGUAUCCCUGCAGACACCGGCAGCAAAGAGACACACUACGUCGAAAAUAACGGUUUUAAUCCUAUGUGGAACGAGAACUUCCAAUUUGACAUCCACGUCCCAGAGCUGGUCCUGGUGCGGUUUUUGGUGUUGGACUACGAUGUGGCAUCCCAGAACGAUUUCGUUGGGCAGUACAGUCUCCCCCUCACCAGCAUCCAGAACGGAUACCGCCAUAUCCCGCUGCUCACCAAGCGAGGAGACCUUAUCCCCUCUGCUGGACUCUUUGUGCAUCUUAUGCUUGUGGACGCACAGUAAACUUGUAAUGUGGGAAAACCACAGUUUUAUUAACACUGUAAAACAAUUUGUUCUUAAGCUGCAAUUAACCCGGAACAAAUAUUUUAGCUUUUUUUGUUUGUUUUGUUUUUUUAAAUCCUUAGCUAUUAUAGGUAAGAGCUCCAGUUUAUUAACAAAAUAAGAGUGAAAAACAAAGAACUGAAUGAAUAGUGCAACAAUUUAAAUGGAGUCAUUCCAUCUGCCAUAUUUGGAGGAUGUUCAGCGUAACAAUCACGUUUCCUUCACACAGAAAAAGGUGAGGAGCAGAUAUCAAGUUAACAUGUUUGGAUUGUAUAAUUUCUAUACAGUGUUUUAAUUUGGUGAGUUCAAUGAGGUUUGAUUAUAGUUAGAGCCAGGUAUAGUUGGACAUUCACAUACGAGGUCUGUCAAUAAAGUAACGGUCCUUUUUAUUUUUUUCAAAAACUAUAUGGAUUUCAUUCAUAUGUUUUUACGUCAGACAUGCUUGAACCCUCGUGCGCAUGCGUGAG